UCUUCACGAGCCUCAUCUAAGCUGCGCAAAUCCUGUGAUUUAUGUGCGGCUACCAAAGUCGGAUGUACAAAAGAGAAGCCCAGCUGUGCUCGCUGUGCCAAACGAGAUCACCCCUGCGUGUAUAGCACUGCAAAGCGUGCAGGGCGUACAUCGGGGAAAAAUCCAACAAGAGCACGAAGGGAUUCGGCUUUGACGAUGACAGCGACAAUGACAGCCACGGCGUCACCAAGUCCAACAUUCACAUCGGCGCAGGCAAGCGAUACCACGAAUCCGUCCACACCUGGUGGUGGUGGAUUGUCCCCAUCGCUAGAUCUCCAAAGACAAUGCUCGCCGUAUCCCGAUAUCUUCGGGGCCCUGAGAUCGCUAGACGAGAAUUGCCUAUCAUCCAUCCCCGCCUCCUCUUUCCCAGAUUUAGACGAACUGUUCGCAUCGGCAGUAGGACUUCCUCUAGAUCAGCAAGACGAUGCAGCCGCCUUCUUUGACUUCACCCUCGAAGACACCCGCACGUGUCCAUUCCCUGCACCCGAGCCCAUCACCCUCCCUACAUCUCCCGCAUCUGCAGUGCGACCUCAGAUCGAUGCCCUGCCGUCGAUCAGCGUUCCUAACUCGGCCUCCUGCCAAUGCUUGGCUCGUGCUCUUGGCCUCUUAGCCGAUCUCUCCCCGGCCAAUCCGGGGUGUGGCAACGAUCCGGGUGCAACCAUCCCCGAGCUGCCCGAUUUCGAACGCGUUCUCGCCCAAAACGAGCAGACCAGUGAGACCGUCCGCACAAUUCUGCAAUGCAACUGUACCAACGACAGUUACCUUCUCUUCACCUUGUGUCUCGUAGUCUUUCGUGUCAUCGCCUGGUACACCGCGGCCACGGGGGCUGCAUCAGGCGAAGACCCACUCGAACCUGUCCUGCAGGGUCCAGCCUCGACCGACUGCGAGUGUGAGGAUGCGCAGCGCAUCGCCGUGCAGCGGAUUCUCUCCAAGCUCGCAGGCGUUCAGGCCUCCGUUGAUCUGCUGUCGCAGAGGCUGCGCAGAAUCUCGGUGACGGCGGGACAAGAGGAGGCCAGUGACCCCUCGCUGCACAUGACCGGCCCCCUUGCAGGAGGCAUACAUGCGUUCUUAACACCAUUCUCGCCCGGCUUGGUGAACACACUUGAGACAGAUCUGCGGAAGCGUCUUUGUGACCUGUCAAGGGCUAUUGUGGAGCGUCUGCGGCGG